AUGGGUGCAAAAGUUGUUCAAAGAGAUGGGCGUAUUGGCUAUCUGAGCGGAGAAAAUUUUUUGCCUAAGUCUUCAUUCGGCGUAAAUUUCCUCACUGUUGUUGUUACAACAGGUGGAUCAAGUGGCUUCGUGAUCGAAGUGAAGCGAUGUUUUGAUGACAGUAUACGGUAUAGAAAAUCCCAUUAUAAAUCCCAUUACUGCUAUAAAUUGAUAGGCUGAUAUGCAAUAAAUUUGACUGUUUUGGGAACAGCGGAGCGUGUUAUAAAAGUAGGGGGCAAGACAAAAAUGUAAUUUGUUCACAAUUGUUCCUAUUAAAAAAACAUUUUGAAUUUUAUUUCACAAACGUGAGGGGCAUCCCUCCCCCUCUAAGAUCUGCAGUCCCAGUGUUUCCUGUACUGUUCUGGCAGUACUGCAUUAUCUAUAUUGCACACCAUUUCUAUAUAGCCAAGUAAAAACAUUACCUUGUUUAUCAUUGAUAACAAAAUUACUUUGUCUAUCUUCUCAAGCAUUGUUUCAGUAUGAAUUAGUGUGAUUUGCACCUAGGUUUCUAUCCACUGUCAUCCAGGAGGCUGGUAUUGGCCUAAUCAUUCCAGGAAAAAUCCAUUCCCCAUUCCAAUAACUGCCCCCCCCCCCCCAUGAAAAAAAUUUUUGUCUGCUGGAGGGUGGAGGUCUAAUAAUAGCAAAAUAUAUUAAAAUUGGACAUCCAAAUUAUGGAAGUGUUAAUGUUUUAUGGAUGGUUUAUUAUAAUAUGCAUUAGGGUACCACUAUUGUGUAUUAUAUAUUGAAGAUUAAUUCUGCAGGAUUAUUAUAAUUAAGAUUACACAAGGUUUGUUAUAUUUGUGUACAAAACAUAAAGGAAUAGCCUUUAUCAACAUCUUUACCAAAAUCCAUUGUAACCAAAACAUGUUUUGUAACCAGGGUUUCACAUAGGGCUUUUUUUUUCAAAAACUUCAUCUUGAAUUGGGUUUUGAAACUUGGUCAUCUUUGCAAAAACAUCCCCAGCUGAAAGCCCUGAAAAAAAACCCUUUAUUUUCUUAACCACAAACCUGAUUCACUUUUUAUUACUUUAAUUUAUUAUAGUAAGUGUUUUGUAUCUGAUGAAGGUUUGCAAACAAAGAAAGACUUUUUGAAGGAAGUAAAUCGAAAUACAGGGUUAGGCAACUUGACUUUGUUAUUAAAAGAAUCAGAAUACCUUGAAUUUCUGCAAGAUACAAUCGCAUCCUAUUAUAGGUAAUUAUUAUUUAAAUGCAUAUAGCAAUUUUAAAUAUAUAUUAGCAAUAUUAGCUCCUUGGGGACAUUUAUUUAUUAAUUGUCUAUAUAAAAGCUAUAUAUACUAAUUAAACUAGAAGUUACUAUCGCAAGGAAAGUGCUGCCUCAACCCCAAUGGAACAAAGCCAGCAUGUGCGUUUGCUGAAUAAGGAGUUGUUUAUAUGAUCCUGCUUUGCCAGGAUGAGAUACGAGGCAGGUAAAUGCAUAUAGCAAUUUUAAAUAUAUAUCAGCAAUAUUAGCUCCUUGGGGACAUUUAUCUAUUAAUUCUCUAUAUAAAAGCUAUAUAUACUAAUUAAAUAAUACAUAAUAUAACAAUUAUGACUAUCUAGUAACUGUAAAAUGAAGAAUGCUAAUUAGAGUGAGCUUUAUAUAAAAAAUACUAAUUAGGAUGAGUUUUAUCAAAUAUAAUGAUACUGCACAUGGCAUAUCAUGGUUGACAUGUUUUGCCAAUGAGUAUUGAAGGGUCAAUCAAACAAUGUACAGUUAUGAGUUGAAAACUAUGGAUGUGUUACAUUUUAUUAAAAAUACUAAUACUAAUAUCCUUAUGCUGCCAUCUGUACAGAGAUUGCACAACUGAAGGACACAAUACAGAUGUCUUGGCUGCUAGUAGGGUGGGGAAGGCAGUAGAAAAAGAUAUUUGGAUCUUGUCCGAGGCUUGCCAGAUUAAUGAAGAUGGUGAAUUGAUUCCGCAAGAAGAGCAGGAAAUCAUGUGGAUUUCUCAUCUUUAUAAACCAAAACGUGGUGGGAACGAUCCUGUUUGGUAUGACAUUGCCAAGCCAGACCAUCGAUGCAAAAUAAACCUCCCACUAAGUCGCAGUGGUCUUUGUAACCUGGUACAAGCAAUGAGAAAUGCAUUUGGAGGAAAUUGGCUUUCUUCAAUGUUCCUUUUGGGUGAGUUUAACAGUGAUGUUACAAAAAAUACAUACAUGGGGGGGGGUUUGAGAAAACAUUCCUCUGGAAAAUCUCUGAAGUUUACGUUACAGAAGUUUAUGUCGUAUCUGUUCCAAGCUUGUUCGAAAUUUUUCAAACACAAAAUUUUUCAUGCUUCUUUACUUAACUAUGACAUUUUCAUUCAGCCAGUACACCAUCAAAUUGAUCAAAAUGUCAAAUGUAUAAUAAUAAUGAGAAUUGAAGCUAUUUCGUUUCAGAUAUAUUAAUAUACUUAGCCUUAGGGAAAUAAUUGAAAAUAAUUUCCCUUUCCCCCCAGAAUGUGGGCGUCCAAAGGCGUCUACUUUUCGUUCUAGGGGCGUCCCUGGACGCCCUUCUGGCUAAAAGCCUGUGUACAUGCACCCAAGAAUCACUGACCAAAUUGACAAUUCACACUACGUCCUGUAUAUUCAAACACUUGAACAAUAAUAAAUGCCUAUGCAAUAAAAACAACAAAACUAACUGCUACCGGUACAUAUAAUUCUUAUUGUUUAGUUUAUAUUCUUACUGACUGUACAGUAAUACUGCUUACGUACUUUGGCUUGCACUUGUACGGUUGUACCAAACGAUGACGACGAUCAUUUCAAACAGUAGCAUUAUCCUUCGCCCAGCGGCUCCGUUCGUGUUCCAAGAUCCGCCAUGUAAAGUGUAGUGAAAUGUAUCUCACUAUUAAUCGUAAUCAUACAAAGUCAACAGAAGCCUCUACGGAGGAGAGAGGCAUUAUGCCAUUUCUGCCUUCAAUUGAAUCAAAGCACGCGCAGUGACGGUGUGGCAAAAAGUCGCUCAACUUCCGGUAAUUAUUAAAUGAGAAUAUUUGUCACGUUAGUUUUAAUGGUUCGGGUUGCACGAUGACGUUUCUAGGCAGAUUUUCAGACGUUUCGAAGGCGUGGCUUCAAUUUUAUUUUCAAAAUUUAACCGUUAUAAUUACAACGUUCAAAUUUUGAAAAUAAACAUUGAAGCCACGCCUUAGAAACAUCUGAAAAUCUGCCUAGAAACGUCAUCGUACAACAGUUAAAACUAACGCGACAAAUAUUCGCAUUUAACGGUCUACCUUAAUCCGCAGUAUCACACUACUCACUAGAGGCUGUUUCUUCCUACACAUGCAUGUGUUUUAGGUGCUACAUGCUGCCUGUGUACAUAAAAACACUCUCUUAACCUGGUGCACAUUUGUUCGUUUAAGCACGCAAAAUAGGUCCGUAUCUGGCCCUCUAAUAAAGCCCCCUCUUUUUCACAUAAAAACAAGCAAAUGUCUUUUCUUAGGUUAUUGAUUUGUUUUAUCCAUCGCAAAAUAUAUUCUAUGAUUUUACCGCUAAAUAAGCCCCCCUCUCUUUUAAGCCCCCUCCGCCUUUAAGCUCUCUUCUCAAAGGUGUCUGAAAAAAUAAGCCCCCGCUUAAUAUAUAGUUUACGGUGAAUUAUACAUGAGUUAACUGUUGAAAUCCGGAGGGUUCAUCAAAACUUACUAGUAAAACUCGUGUUUUCCCACCAUCACACUCCUUCGACUUUGUUCUUGCUUCAGGUCAAGGAAUGAUUGGUAGCAACUUUCAGAUAUGCCUGAAGGCAAAAGGAAUGGUGCCGAUAAGCAUAGCAAUUGGGGACAAAAAUGUCGGAAAAUCUGGUGCAUCAAAGGGUAUGCUUGCUGUAACAGGGCGAAGACAAGUUUUCUAUAGAAGAAUUACUGACGCCAUGCAGACUAGAGUCUUAGAUGAGUGCACAUUACCCUUUGUGCUUGAUGAUGCUGGGAGAUCAUCCGAGGAAAAGAAGAAACUGACAGAUCUACUUUUGGAUAUUUUUAACGGUGCAGGAGUGGCUAACUGCAAUAGACUCUGUCACAGUAAUACAUCACUGAUAAUAACUAUGAAUGACUGGGUAUUAGCAGAUUUAAAUAUCGACAAAGCGUAAGUAUGAGAACGUGUGCAUCUAACAACUGGUCUUUUCGUUUAGUAAUGCUCUUUUUUUUCGAAUCCUUUCAUUUUGUAGCCCGAGCGAGCCGGAAUGUUUCUGACGUUUCUUUGACUGCGCCCAUUCUACUUGUAGCAAUCCAUCCUGUGAAAACACCAGCCAUUAAAUUGUGUAUUGCCAUGAGCUAAAAUGCAAGAUGGAUAGUUACUGAUAAUACCUAAAUGAAAACAGUAAUGGCAUAUUACUUACUUGAGCAGUUUUUAGAGGUAAUUCGAAUAUUGUAUUUUCCACUGAUUUACCAUUUUGUACUCUACAAUUUAAGAGCUACUUCAAGAGCUGUGAUAAUCCCGUUCGUUAAAGUACAAAGGAAUCCUGUUCCAGAGCAAGUACCAUACGAGAAGGCCUUAGACGAUGCUAUGGUGGAAGCAUCAAAUUCCGUUGGAGAAAUUAUAAGGUUUGGAAAAGCACUUAAGAACAACCAAGACUACUUUGACAAUGAUAUACUUCCAUUCCUUCAAGAAUUUAUUGACGAUGACAGGUUGCUUAGCACCUACAGUAUCGCAUUAUUUGCAGCUGAAAAG